AUAAAAUACAUGAGUUAAAUACAAGUUUAAGAUGAAAACCGGCAAUAAGAUAACAGAAUUCAUAGAGAAGUAUAGAAAAUUAGUGCACCAAUAUAUCGAUUUGAGAAGCAGGGACGUUUGUCGAUCGAGUAUUAAGAGCUAUGGGAAUGUCCCUGAGAAAGACGCAAAAGAAAUAGUCGAGAAUUCAAGACAAUAAGAACUUGAAAAGGGAAAGUAGAAUAAAUACUAGGCAGGGCGAGAAGCAGAGGCGAUAGUACAUCUGAAUCAGAAUCAGAAAUAAGUUUAGCGACUGAAACUGGAACUGAAUAUGUCUCUGAUUUAGAUGAACAUCCUAUUGAAAUCAAAGAAAUAUCCAUUAUUUUACAUCCACAUUAUGCAGUGUAGACACGCAAUGGUAUCUAGGGCUGAACAACUAUUUAUACCUACAACAAAAUCUGUGUUGGUGUGGACAACCACAAAAAUAAAAGUUGUUAACUUUUGGAAAGAGUUGCAAAUACCGAAUUUGCCAAUUUUUUAGUCGAAACGUGUUUUUAUAAGUAAAAAACUGCUUAUUUUGGUCAUAUCAAUGCGAAGCUUAACAAUCGGACAUCGUUUUUGUGAUAAAAUCAGCUGGAAAUCUCUUGAUCGAGGAAAUCAGCAUAUUUAUAGUUCAGCUUUAUUUUGGGCAGAUAAAGUUGUCACACUCACAGAUAAUCCAAGAGAUGUUUACUGGUUGGCUCAAUGUAUGUUUUUACAGAAACAGUACCACAGGGCUGCUUUUUUGCUGCAGUCGAAGAAUCUUGAUAAGACACACAUUUUGUGCACUUACUUAACAGUAAAAUGCUAUCACGAGGCGAAUGAAUAUAGCGAAGCGCUCAAAUCUAUAAACAACAGUGACAUUAAUAAUAUUAUAAGUAAUAGUACAUUUCCGCCUAGUAUAUCAGAAAUAGAAGUAAAUUUAUUUGAUGACACCCCAAAAUAUCAAGCAUUAUCCUCCUUUUUACUUUUAAAAGGAAAAAUUCUGGAAGCUAUGGAUAAUAGAGGUUUAGCAGCCGAUUGUUACAAACAAGCCUUGCAUUAUGAUGUACAUUGUUUUGAAGCAUUUGAACUACUUAUUAAAUAUCAAAUGUUAAAUGCCGCAGAAGAACAAGAUCUUCUCCAAUCCAUGCCAAUAGCAGAACAAUGUACAACAGAAGAAGCGGAAAUUAUUAGAAUGCUGUACGAGUCGAAACUUAAAAAAUAUCACACCCCUAUAGUUCACAUAACCAAAACAAUUCCUACUGUAUUCAUAAAUAACAAAAAAGUCGGCAGUACUCCUGGCUGUAUCAAAUCCUUACCUUCGUCGCCUAGUCUACCAGAUCCUAAUUCAAUAAGCACCCCAAUGGUGGCACAAAAUAACGAAAAAAAUGCAAGAACUAGACUUAGCCUAGGUGAUAAUAAAAUGCAAAUAGACAUGGUUGAAAAUGUGGCUAUAUGUAAAUUGCAAGAAAAUUUGGAAAUGCACGUCUCACAAGCCGAGAUGUUUUAUUAUAAUUGUGAUUAUAAAAAUUGCAUUAAUUUGACCGAGAGGAUUUUGAAAAAGGAUCCUUAUCACGAUGGAUGUCUGCCCAUUCAUAUAUCUUGUCUAGUUGAAUUGAAACAGAGUAUAAGGUUGUUUUCUAUGGCUCACACUCUAGUUGAUUUAUACCCAAAUAUGGCAAUAUCAUGGUUUGCAGUUGGUUGUUAUUAUUACAUAAUUGGUAAAAGUGAUUAUGCUCGAAGAUAUUUAGCUAAAGCCACUUGCCUGGACAGACUUUUUGGUCCCGCUUGGUUAGCCUAUGGACAUUCUUUCGCCAACGAAAAUGAACACGAUCAAGCGAUGGCUGCCUAUUUUAAAGCUUCCCAACUUAUGAAAGGGUGUCAUUUACCACUGCUUUAUAUUGGCCUGGAAUGUGGCCUAACAAACAAUGUAAGAUUAGCCGAAAAAUUCUUUCAGCAAGCCCAAAACAUAGCUCCUGAGGAUCCAUUUAUACUUCAUGAAAAAGGAGUUAUAUGUUUUCAAAAUCACGAAUACGAUAGGGCGGAACAACAUUUCAGAGAAGCUUUAGAAAAAAUAAAAAGGGUUAAACGCGGACCUAUACCAGCAACUUGGACUUCUUUACUCAAUAAUUUAGGUCAUACUUGCAGGAAAUUGAAAAAAUACAGUGAAGCUUUAGAUUUUCAUAAUCAGGCUCUAUUGUUGCAUCCUCGUGCUGCCUCAACAAUAUCAGCAAUAGCAUAUGUGCACGUUUUAAUGGAAAAUUAUGAUGAUGCUGUGGAUUGGUUCCACAAAGCUUUAAGUUUAAAAAGAGAUGACACUUUUAGUACUACCAUGUUGAAUUAUGUUAUUGAUCAGUGGGCAGAUGAGAAAAGCCCUUAUGAAGAUUGUCCAGAAGGCAUUCCAGACUACCAGCAAUUACCCAACUCACAGGUUUCAAUGGAGCAAAGCACACCAAUAGAUAAUAGUGAUCAGAAUAUGUCACUGGUGAGUAAUCAAACAAGGAAUGACACUGUUGAUAUGAGUGUAGAUAUGUAAAUCUAUUAUAGAUAUUUUAAAAUGCAUGAACGACUUAGUUAAAAAUUAUCUCAUAUUAUAAUUUAAGAAUGUAUUGUUCAUUUGAAGUAAUAAAUAAAUUGAUGAAUAAGAUAUUAA